AUGAGUGAAAGAUUAGUAAGUGAGGGAGCUAGAAUUGAAUGGUUAGUGUUCCAUGUUGUAACUGACAAAGUGGCUCAAGUUAAUGGUAAUGGUUUUCAGGUUGAUCAAGCCAAAGAGGUCAAUUUUCCUAAUAGGGUAGGACAAUGGUUAGUUUCUGCCAAUGCCCAUUUGUCCUCUCCUGGCAAGGUCUCAGUGGAAUGUUUUGCAAACAAGGAUGUAAAAGCUGAUAUCUCACUCAAGGAUCAGUUGGUUCACUGGAUGGAUCCUUUAGUUGAAGAACCUCAUGUUUUGGCAGUUGAUGACAACUUAAUCGAUCGUAAACUUGUUGAGAAAUUGCUCAAGAGUUCAUCUUGCAGAGUGACCACCGCAGAAAAUGGGCAAAGGGCUUUGGAGUAUCUGGGCUUGCUGGAUGACAAGCAGAGCUCUUCAACUUACAAUGCAACAAAGGUGAAUAUGAUUAUUACAGAUUACUGCAUGCCUGGAAUGACUGGAUAUGAACUGCUUAAGAAGAUUAAGGAAUCAUCUGUUAUGAAGGAUGUGCCUGUCGUCAUAAUGUCGUCUGAGAAUGUUCCAACACGAAUCGACAUGUGUCUCGAAGAAGGUGCCGAGAUGUUCAUGAUAAAGCCUCUCAAGUUCUCUGAUGUGAAGAAAUUGAGACGGGAGUUGCUGUGCAAUGCCGCUGUUAAAGCACUAUAAGAACUUAGAAAAAAAAGGCUACUUUUGAUCCUGAUUGUUUUUUACCCUUAUUUUGAUUUCUUGAUUCUUGUUUAAUACAUAGGCUGUGUAAUUUUUGAGACUAAUGCGCUUGCUUUCAAC